AGCUUAUUCAGGAACGAUUCGAUAUUUCCUUUGAUAAUUAUUUUUUUAGCCAUUCUUGAGGGUAUGAUGAAGAAUCGAUUUUUUAUGAUAGUUGGAUUAUCGCAAUAUUUUGCUAUGUUCCUAAAUAGCAAGAAGCUAUCCUGUGAAAUUUAAACCAAACGAAGAUAUCAAACAGCGAACAUGUCAGACCAUGAAAUCCCAAAUUGUGACGUACACAUGUCAAAUUUACCCAAGAUGGAGCCGGAAAAAAAAAGCUCACAUAGCGAGAUCGAGAAACGACGUCGGGAUAAAAUGAAUCAGUAUAUCAAUGAUUUAUCCAUUAUGAUCCCGAUACCUCCCUCAGUGAGCAAAAAACCAGAUAAACUGACUGUAUUACGAUAUGCUGUGCAACAUAUGAAGGCCUUGAAAGGCUCGGGGGAACCAUCAAAAGAGACCAAUCAUAAGCCUAGUUUUAUGUCUGAUGAUGACUUGAGGAACCUUAUUACUGAGGCCGCCGGUGGAUUUUUAAUUGUGGUGGAGUGUGAUCGAGGACAGAUUUUAUACGUCACAAAUACAGUUGAAGAAAUAUUGUUCAUAUCACAGGACGAUCUGGUUGGAUUUGAUUUUCUGGAGUUGAUUCAUAGCAAAGAUAUUGCCUUGGUGAAGGCGCAGUUGUCCACAACUGUCUCGGAAAAUGAAGAAAAGAAAAAUAUCUCACAGAAAUCUCCUUUAUUGAGAGGCGACAUUGAGAAAUGUGGCAGUCUGUGUCCCGGAGCGAAGCGCAAUUUUCUUUGUCGGAUGAAGAAACGAGCGCGUGCCGAAGAUGUGCCGAAUCUUGGAUCGAAAUCAACGAUACGAAAAACCAAAGCCAACGUUUUUGUGGAUGAAAGAGAUCCAGUCCUCGUAUCAUACGAAGGAUACCUAAAAUCAUGGCCGCCAAAGAAGGAUGUUAAAUCAAGUGAUCCUAAUUCACGAAGUUGUCUUGUUGCUGUUGGUCGUGUGUUUCACGUUGAUACAGAAGACACUGACUACAGUCAACUGGACGAGAUCAGUGAGUUUGAGACGAGACAAAAAGCUGAUGCAACGUUUAUACGUGUUGAUAAAAGUUUUACAAAGAUUUUUGGUUAUUAUCCUGACGAAAUGAUUGGAGCAUCAGCUUACAAUUUCUUUCACAAAGAUGACCUAAGAGUUGUUGCUCAAGCCCAUCACAAAGCUCUUAGAAAAAAAUGUGGUUCACAACCGGAAGUAAUCUAUAGAUUCCGCGCAAAGGCUGGGCACUAUAUACCCCUAAAGACUACAUCGGUAGUGUUUCGUAAUCCAUGGUCGAAAGAAGUUGAUUAUAUUGUCACAAGAAGUGUCGUCAUAAGUUCGAUUCCUCCAGAUAUUCCAUUCAGUACUAUUCAGAAUAGUUAUGCAAACUUGAACUCAUCAGAAAACAACGUUGAUGGAAAUGAUGAAGUUAUGAGUGAAAACCUGUGUAAUCUGUUGAAAUCUCAGAGAAAGCGUGGUUUGAACAAUGGACCUAAAAUGAUGGAUGAAUCCAGCAGGCUUAACAGCGUUGGUGAUAUAGGUGUAGCUCUUGCGGAGGAAGCAAGAAGAAUUGGACAGCAAUUAAAAGUGAAUUCUCAAUCUGCGAAGUAUUCUAACCUCGACAGACCUAAAUCUGUUCCGCGGACGUCUAACUUCACUGAAAACUCGCCACGCGAGACGGGAAAUUCUGUUCGUGGUGUUGCGCAAGAGAACCAAAGGGAAAAUGCUGACAUGAGCCAGGAGGAUGAUUUCGGCCAGGAGCAUAACAACUUAACGGAUGGUAUCUUAAUGGAGCAAUUAGCUGGAAUACAAGGUGCAAUUGAAGCGAUGGAAAAUCCUGGUUUGAAUGAUGAUGAGGAAGAUAGUUUGUCAUUACUUAUGAAUGUAAUGGAGUCGGGAGAUUUAGGAAGUCUUAGCGAUAUGCCGUGGAAUCUCGUGUAAAUCUAAAAGAUUUAUUUUAGUAAAUUGGUGAAUAUCAUUUAGUAACGAUCACGUGACGAAGGUAGAAUUUAAAGACGGUUUUCCUCACAGGAUACCGCGAGUGAUGAUGAUGGGUUAAGUUAUUCUUGAACUUCGAUUCUUAGGAGUCUAACUCUUAGACCUGUCUCACACAUGGGGAAUCUUUUAUUUGCUGAAUUCAUUAGAAAUUUAGAUAAUGGUAGAUCUCAACUCGUUAUCUAUUGUUUAUAAUGAGUUUUGUUAGUUUGCAAAAAGUUCAAAUCCUUAAUUCAAAAAAGUCAUGUUAAAAACGUCAUAAAACAACUAAACAUUCAGUUCUUUUACACGAACAUAAAUAUGUAUGAACUGUCGUGGAUUUCAUGGAUUGUCAAUGUAUUUUAGAAGUGAGCAAAGCUUGCAACUUUUUGACUUUAGAUAACUUGAACACUAGAUUGCUCGUUACGCUAACAAUUUAUCAUAUAAGAUGUAAUUAGUAUAAAAAUAGAUGUCGUCGACACUUAGAAACUUAGACAUAAACACGUCUCUCUGUCUAUAAUUACAGAUAAAGAAAAACUAAAAAUGUUUUUACAUCUGCGGACGAUAUUAAAUAUUUGUAAAAUGUUA